GGUACUGUAAGGGAAAUGAGUAACUGCAGCAAAGCAGUCAGCACAGGGCUCCAACCUGCAGUGCAGGCUCGUGCUCAGGAUGCCAUCUCUGCUGGAGUCUCCUACUGCUGUGUCUUAGAUUUGGUAAUUUAUGGAAUUGACUUUAAGAUCAGAACCAUAGAGUUAGAUGGGAAGAAAAUCAAACUGCAGAUAUGGGAUACAGCAGGCCAGGAGAGGUUCCGCACAAUCACAACAGCUUACUACAGAGGAGCCAUGGGAAUUAUGCUGGUGUAUGACAUAACAAAUGAAAAGUCUUUUGACAACAUAAAAAACUGGAUAAGAAACAUUGAAGAGCAUGCCUCUUCAGAUGUAGAGCGAAUGAUCCUGGGUAACAAAUGUGACAUGAAUGAGAAGAGACAAGUCUCCAAAGAAAAGGGGGAAAAGUUAGCAAUUGAUUAUGGAAUCAAAUUUUUGGAGACAAGUGCAAAAUCCAGCAUAAAUGUGGAAGAGGCUUUUUUCACACUUGCACGGGACAUCAUGACAAAGCUCAACAGAAAAAUGAAUGACAGCAGUUCAUCGGGGGCAGGUGGGCCGGUAAAAAUAACAGAAAAUCGAUCUAAGAAGAGCAGCUUCUUUCGAUGCACGCUACUUUGAUGAACUUUUAACAAUAGACUGCAGCACACUUAGAACCUUUUCUGCUUCUUUGAAAGCACAGGGUCACAAAGCCUCAGAAAUAAUACCACCAAGCUGCUGCUGAGAGCUCCAUUGAACGUAGACUGCAAUACACAAAAUAUCAAGUGGAUUUUGCUCACUAAGCCUAUUGUUCUGUCAGGCUCCUCUUUCUCAAAUGUGGAAGCUAUGAAGUGGAGACACAAAUGCAAGAGUUAACUUGUUUUCCUUUUUUACUUUCUGUUUUAUUGCCUGUUGCAAAAGCUGCUAUGUUUCUUUUAACUUUGCACAUCCAUAUUAGCCUCUUACUGCCUGUUACAGCACAAUCUUACAUUUGUAUUUGCACAGUUUCACUUGUAAGUAAGAUUCUUAACAGAUUUGUGCAGAUUUUUUUCUUUCAUUUUUAAACAAAUUUAUUUUAAAGCAGAACAGCCGGAGGACAGAUUAAGUCACUUCCAUUAUUUUCUUUGCUGUGUACUUACAGCCAUGACUGCAUUGUGGGUGUUAACACUCUAGUGAUGAGAAUUACUCUAACAAUUGACAUUUAACAACUUGUAUGAGUUCUGUCUCAUAGAUGCACAAAUCUGUUCAUGCAGAAGCAAUGGCUUUUAUUCUGAAUGUAGUAUGUUGCUUUUCUUUCUUUACCAGAUAUAGAAAAGUUGUGUUCUGAAUUGCCAGUCACUGUCUGAUUUCACAGAUGCACCUUUCGGUAAUUUUAAUAAACGCUGUGUCUUUCCUCACUUAACUUCCAUUUGUUAGCUCAAACUGUCUGCACCUUUUCUUUGUUUUUAUGAGGAAGUACACUCCGGAGUUGAGAUCAUCACAAAUUGGCCUCAUUGCUAUCACUUAAGUGGCUUAUGGAAUCUGAACGCAUGAGUUUUGAGUAACCACUUUGUGGAUUCACUUGCUCAGAAUGACUGCUCUAACGGUGACUUUGAUUUCUAUUUUAAUGAUAAAGAUGGUCUGUUAAUGUCUGUGAGCAUCAGCCCUUGUCAGAAAGGUGUCCAAAAGUCAGCUUCCUGUGUGGUUGCUGAAGUUCAUCAAGCUCUGGCACUACAUAAAGGGUCACACUCGGGCUGGAACGUAAUAUUGGUUAUGCAGUUGAUGAUGAAUGUAUGAAGCCCUCAUUGGUCUGCUCAAGCAGUACAACUUUUUUUUUUUUUUCAUUAAAAACUGGUACAGUGACCUAGACUGUUAGAAGCAGAGUUGAAACUUAGUUGCCUUUUUUACUCAACUGAGCAUUGUAUAACAUAGUCUUUGUUCCUACUACUUUUUUUAUUGUCUACUAAAAUUUUUCCUCGAUGAGCAAGUAAAAUAGGUGCUCUAGUUCUGUUGAUGUGCCAAACUUGGACCAUUGUAAGCUUUAACUACAAGUUUGUGUCCAGCAUGUUUGUUAUUAGGGGAUAGGUGGAUUCUGUCAUUGUCAGAGUAAUGUCUCUGACUUGCUUGCUUUUGCUUCACAAUGUUGUCAAGUUGCAAACAGUGAAUUGGUUGUUACUGCAGAUAACUGCUUCAUUCGCGGUGUCCGGUACUGAAUUUGUCAUCUUGGAUCUGUUGUAAAUACUUUGAAAGUGAACAGACCAAUAGCAUUAGAUAUAAAAGGACCUUUGAUUUGAAAAGAUCUAACAGUAGUAGCUGGUCCUAUAAAGAUUAAAGUGUUAUGAACCUUGUCCCCACUUGUAGCUUAGUAGAAAUAGUUACUGUAAUUAGAUGGUGAAUCUCAUAACCUUCUGUUGCUGCACUUAAAGAAAAAUUGUAGUGGCAACAAAGGUUUAGUGGAAAGUCAGAGCAUCCCUAACUGCUCGGUUGUCUACCCUUGAUGUUUUUCUUGGACAGGCUAAAGCAGUUAUGUUUUCUGUAUGUUUUUUCUUUUUCUUCUUUAGGGGAAAAAAAAAAGUGCUUCUGUACAGAAAGUGUUGUGACACCAAUUAUGAAUGUUGUUUAUUUUCAGUAAUUUACCUCCGACUUACUUGGUGUCGUAAUACUUUGAUUUUUAUCUCAGGGGUUGUCUGCAAACCAAAACUGACAUGUUCUGUGUUUGGCACCGUUUACAGAAUGCUUUGUGUCGUUUUUCCUGUCUUCGCUGUGUGGUUAAGUGUACAUUCAAUAGUAGUCUCCAUGAACUUCCCUUUGAAAGAGCCUGUAAGUAGGAGAGUCUAUGAAGUGCUUCUUGAAGCAGCAGUGAAUUGGGGUAUCUGCUCUGUAUUUGGGGGGGCGGGGGGAAACUUGCUAUUUUCUUACAUUUAGCUGUGCUAAACUGUACAUAAAUGUGAGGUAAGACCAUAGGAAAUUCACUUUAUGCAUGAUAAAAUGAUGCAGUAAAUAUUUCACUUUGCUUAAUGUUCAUGUAAAGUUCAUCUUUUUCUAUUUGUAGAAGAAUUUAGUGCAAUUUUGUUGUCCCCUGCUGAAACUGAAGAAUUCUAAUUUCAUGUGGUCUUAUGGAUAAGGUAAAAUGCAGAUUUCUCUCUGUUUUGCCCCCACCCCUGUUCUCCAGCAGUAUUAAGUGGCUGAGUGGCUGCACUUUGUCAGUGUGCUAACUUCUCGUCAGUAUAGACCUUUCUGUCUACAGUCUGCCUUGUCAGACAUAGGAAACCGUGCUGUAUCUUAGCGUGCAAAUCAGCUGUAUGUUUUACUGGGAAUUUUUUAGCUAUGUUUUGCUUUAGGCAAGUGGGUGAUGAUAAAUGACAUGUUCUGCCUAGGCAUCAGAUGCUGGGUACUACAGGCUUUUCUAAUACCAGUAUGAUUGUUCUGUGCAGUCUCCGUUGCUACUUUGCUCAAAUCUAUAUAACCUAAAUUUUGAAGGACUCAACUAUACCUCAGCCAACUAGUUAGUAUUCUCAUGUUCAUUAGUAUGAAAGUCAUAGAAUUAUUCAUUAAGCAGCAAAUGUAUUUCUGUUUUGCUCCAGAAGUUGCCAUUAAGCUUUUAGGAGAAGGAGAUGUUUCUGGUGGAUUUUAAUGGAAUAAAACCACUGUUUAUGCUGUUGAGGUUUUUUGAAAUAUUUCUCUGCCCUGUGUCUGUGUACUACAUCUUGACCAAUAUUUUUCUAAAUGGUUUAAAAAGAAAUGUGGUCUCAGUGCAUUGCAGUUCUAGCUUGCAGUCUGUGCUCAGCAAAACAGGCACAAGUUGUUUUUGUUGAGUAUAUCUAGAAUAUUUUAUUUACUUAAUGUCUUACUGGAAGUUGUAUUAUUAUUAUUAAAGCUUAAACCACUCGAAACAUAGCUAACUUUUCUAUUUGGGGGACAGACUUAAAGAUACUGGUUGAAUUUUCAGACCUGUAGGUGUGGUUUUUCUUUUUUGUUUUCUUUUGUGCCCUUUUUUACGUAAACUAUUUCCAUUGUAAGUGCAUUCCCCUUUCCAGUCUGCUGAAGUCAUUUAAAAGGCAUAGUCAUUUUCACAAGUGAAGAAAGAAUUCUUGAAUAUACAUAUUGCAUUAAAAUAUUGUGAAUGGAUACUGAUUGAAGUACAUGAAUUAUAUGUAAAAAUGCAUAAAUGUUAUUUGUGGAAAUGCCCUGUCAUUUUGCUAUCUGUUAAUGUAACUGAAAUUUUGCAACGUUAAACUUGUUAAGAAUUGGUCUGUAGGUGAUGAUAAAUAGGUCUUUUUCUUCUCCAUUCACUGAACUGCUUAUAAAUUCUUAUAAAUAAAACUUGUAUUUCUCUCUUCCACAAAAGCAGGAUUUCCACUGAUUUUUCUUGUUUCUGAUGAAUUUAAGUAUUCUAGUGCAUUCCUAUGGCCUUACAGAUGUUUUUGCAAAUAAAACUUCAAUUACAGUUAUUUUAAUGCAAUGUAGCUACUAAAUUCAGACUAGAGAGUAUAGUCCUUGAGAAAUUGCUUAAUUUUGAAAUAGAAGUGUUUUACUGUGUGUGUUUAAGCACAUUUUUAUCUCUGAUCAAAGGUGUAAUGUGAAGAGCUCCUGCAGAUAAAGUGAUAUUGUCAUGUGAUUAACCUGUAAGCCUAAUCAUUGUGUACUGAUGUGUAUAGACAAAAAAAAAAAUCCCCUCCCAAAAAAAACACUUUAAAU